CACAGUAAGGUCCAGUACUCUAGACCUUUCCAAAAUCCCUCUUUUUUCUUGCCCUCCCUAAGCCCAAACCUGACCUCAAAAAUUCUAGACCUUUCCGAAUCAUCAAGAACAAGAACAAGAAUCAACCCUCCAUCCAUUCACCGAAACCACUGGUUCCCUCUCUUGUUUGAAUCUCUCUCAGAAACCCAAAACGCUCCUUUCAUCUCCUCCAUUCUUGAAUUUCAUCAAAGAAUCGUCAAUGGCCAAGUACGGAGAAGGAGACAAACGUUGGAUCGUGGAAGACAGACCAGACGGAGCCAACGUACACAACUGGCACUGGGCUGAGACAGACUGUUUAGAAUGGUCAAGAAAUCUCCUCUCCAAACUCCUCAACAACCUCACAAUCCUCGACGGUGAAGGAAACCUCUUUAUCAAAAUCAACAAAGUUGAAAAAGUCGAGGGAGAAGCGUAUGUUAAUGUCCGUAAGGGGAAGAUUAUUCCGGGUUAUGAGUUACACGUUGCUCUUUCGUGGCAAGGCGAAGCCAAAGAUAGUGAAGGGAAUAGUUUAUUGAAGGUAGAUGGAUCUGUUGAAAUUCCGUACAUUUCAGAUGAGAAUGCUGACGAGGAUCCUGAGAUUCGUGUUACGGUGAAAGAUGAAAGCCCAAUUGGAAAGACUUUGAAGGAUGCUAUGUUUGCGAAAGGGAAGCCGGUGGUGGAGGAUAAAGUUAGAGUUUACGUGCAGAGUAUGGCGAAAGGUGGGCCAGCUAAGGAAGAAUUGGAGACGAAGAAGGUGGAGAAAAAGGGGCAGCCGGUGGCUGGCACAUCGGUGAGGAAGGUGAGUGUGUCUCCGGUGGUGGAGAAGAAGGAGGUGAAGAAAGAGGGGUUUAAGACUAUUAGUUUGACGGAGAAGUUCAGUUGUAGGGCCAAGGAUUUGUUUGAGAUAUUGAUGGAUGAGAAUAGGUGGAAGGGGUUUACACAGAGUUAUGCGAGGAUUAGUAAAGAGGUUGGAGGGGAGUUUAGUAUUUUUGAUGGGUCUGUGACGGGGAGGAAUUUGGAAUUGCAGGAGGGGAAAUUGAUUGUGCAGCAAUGGAGGUUUGGGAACUGGCCCGAUGGGAUUGUAUCGAAGGUAAGACUGACUUUUGAUGAGCCUGAACCUGGGAUUACUAUAGUGAAGGUGGUGCAUACUGAUAUACCCGAGGAAGACAGAUAUGGGAAUGAAACUGUGGUGGAGAAUACUGAAAGAGGAUGGCGGGAUCUUAUUUUAAACAAGAUACGGGCAGUUUUUGGUUUUGGCAUAUGAGUUGUUUCCGUAGUUUCUUUGAAGUGUAGAAUUUCAUCAAUUUGUCUUUCAUCAAAGAAAUUUGAAUUACUGAAAUCUGGGAUUGUUUUGGAAUUUCCAGACCUUCCUUGAUAAUUCAGUCCUUUUGGUUGUAAUCUCAUCAAACUGCUUUGUCAUGGCACCCAUGUUUUCUUAUAACCAAAAUGCUUUAUCUAGCAAGCUUGUUAUGAA